AUGGCACCGGAAACACCCAACCGUGGCUCCAAAACCGGUCCGCGGGGAUGUGUUACUCAAAGCCGCGAUGAGGCCUUGCCGGAGAAGUCAUCGGUCAUAGAGCCGAGAAAAUGGAGAUUCCUACCCACUAAGAAAGGAAUGAAUCAAACAUUUGGUUACUUCCGGCUUCUAUUUUCAUCGCAGCCCAAAAAGCUCGACGUGUGCCUGAUAAUCAUCGGAACUUUGGCGGCAAUUGGCGCUGGUAUUCCCUUCCCGCUGCUCGGUAUUCUUUUUGGCGAGCUUGUGGACGACCUGAAUGCCUCAACCUGCGACAACCAACGGGAAAGCCCGCAGCAAUUACAGUCAGGAAUCAACACAAAGGUUUUGCAGGUGAUAUAUGUCUCUAUCGGUAAUUUCGUGUGCAUGUAUAUCCACACCGGAUGUUGGAGUUUAGUGGGAGAACGCCUCGUUCGCAGGUUACGAACUCGGUAUUUUCGCAGCCUGCUGAAACAAGAAGCAGCGUAUAUGGACAAGCUACCUUCUGGAGAUGUCACAUCCCGACUUGUGAGCGAUAUUGAGAUUAUUCAAGCGGGUACCUCAGAGAAAGUCGGCCUAUUCAUCGGAACGAUUUCUUACUGCGUUGCCGCAUUCAUCGUGGCUUUCCUUAAAGUUCCAGUGAUUGCCGCAAUGCUCUUGUCUGUGAUUCCGGUCUACUUUCUCAUGGCAUUCGGAGGAGGACAUUAUUUAAAGAAAUACACCAAGCGCAUCAAUGUUCACGUGGACGCUGCUACGUCUAUCGCGUCUUCGAGCCUGUCCCACAUGGGCCUUGUUCAUGCCUUCAAUGCAAAUACCCGAUUAGAGCUCCUCUUCUCUCAACACUUGUUCAAAGCACGACUUGAUGCACUGAAGAAAGCUGUUACUCAUGCCUCCCAAGUUGGCCUCCUCUAUUUUGUUGCGUAUGCAUCCAAUGCGCUUGCAUUUUGGAAAGGGAGCAGAUUGAUUGCCGACCUCGCAGAUGGGAAAAAUACAAAUGUGUCAGUCGGGGCAGUAUAUACUGUCAUCUUUGUUCUCUUAGACGCUUCGUUUAUACUGAGCCAAAUGGCUCCUUUUCUCCAUAUUUUUGCCGCCGCAGCGUCCGCCGCUAGCUGCCUCAUGGAAACAAUCGAACGCCAAUCUGAAAUCGACGGCACAUCGUCGGAUGGAGUCAGAACUGUUUCCUUCUCUUCUGAUGAGAUUGAAUUUCGAGACGUCAAGUUCUCGUAUCCUGCUCGACCUGAUGUCCCAGUUCUCCAAGGUGUGAGCUUCAAAAUACCGCCAAAUAAACACACUGCAAUAGUUGGGCCUUCUGGUAGCGGAAAGUCGACUACUGUUGCCCUUAUCGAGCGGUUUUACGAUCCGUGUGAUGGUGAUGUGUUAAUUGGAGGAAUAAAUCUACGCGAGAUCAACGUCCGAUAUUUACGAGGCCAUAUUGGCUUGGUUCAACAAGAGCCAUCUUUGCUUGACAGAUCAAUUCUGGAGAACAUCGCACACGGUCUCGUAAGUUCUUCAGCAGAGAAACACCAGCACCUUAUUCCCAAACUUCUGGACUCUAGUCUUCCUCGAUUCGCGGAGAGAAUUCAAGGCGGAGCUUCUGAACACGAAGCUAUAGCUGAGCUGGGGAAUGAGGUCGGAGAAAUCAUGAUCCUUGCUCGAAAGGCGGCCACUGCUGCCAAUGCACUCGAAUUUAUUGAAGCUCUUCCACAUGGGUUUGCUACAAAAGUCGGUAGCACGGGAGGGCAGUUGAGUGGAGGGCAAAAACAAAGGAUAGCACUCGCGCGAGCACUUGUUCGAGAACCGCCACUACUUCUUUUGGAUGAAGCAACUGCUGCACUCGAUUCAACAAGUGAGCAGCUCAUUCAAGCAGCCCUCUCUAGAAUAUCCCAGAGUGUUACAACCGUGUCGAUAGCUCACCGAUUGGCGACUGCCAAGGAUGCGGAUAAUAUCGUUGUUGUCCAGCAUGGGCGGGUGGUUGAACAAGGCACUCAUAUGGAAUUAGUCGCUCAAGGUGGGGUAUAUGCGGGCAUGGUGCGGUUGCAAAAUCUCAACAAAUUCAGCGCUGCGAGCUCUAUUCUUAGCGAUUUUAGUCAAGAGUUCUCUAACGAGCCUACCUUGACUGUCGAUGAAAUAGCCAACGAGAAGCGGGAUUUGGAAAAAGGGUUCGCUGAUGCUGAUGGAGAGGACACGAAAUCUCCCGAGAAAUCUAACACUGUUGAACUGAAGAAAGGUCCCAAGCGACGCUUGUUUAGCACCAUUAAAGGAUGCAUUCCGUUAAUCCGCCCGAAUCUAUUACAUAUUGCCUUAGGUCUAAUAACUUCCUUGGUGAUUGGCGGAAGUCACUCCGGCGAGGCUGUUUUAUUUGGCCACACUGUAGGCAGCCUUAACCCCUGCAAAGGCGCAUCCAGCGUUCGCUCAAGCGGAGAGCUUUUCGGUCUCUUAUUUUUUAUCCUUGCCUUAGUCGAGCUCUCUGCAACGCUGAUUAACGGGUCUGCAUUCGGGUGGGCUGCGGAAAAGAUUCUAUAUCGGGCCCGCAUACUUUCCCUUCGAUCACUACUCAGUCAACCGCUCUCGUGGCAUAAUUCAGAGGGAAGAACCCCCAGAACGCUAAUAGCACAUGUUACUAGCGAUGCUACCUCACUGAGCAAUCUUACCGGUACAACAAUCGGUAUAUUAUUCUCGAUUUUGGCAAACUUAAUAAGUGGUAUUAUUCUUUCCCACAUUAUUGCCUGGAAAAUUGCCAUUGUUCUCCUUGCCACUAUUCCAGUCCUGCUUGCAUCAGGGGUUCUUCGCCUCCGUAUUUUAGCUCAAUAUCAAAAAAGACACCAAAAGGCAUUCGCGCAAGCGACAGCCAUUACAGUGGAAGCAGUGGACAACAUCAGAACGGUCUCUGCUUUCUGUCUGGAACAAGAGGCCUAUGAGGUGUUUAAGAGGGCGUUACGUGCGCCAUAUGAAGCGACCUUGAAGACUGUUGCUCAUGGAAACUUUUGGCUUUCUCUUGCAUAUAGUAUCAGCAACCUGGUGUAUGCGCUCGCAUAUUGGUGGGGAGGACAACAAAUAUUGUCAGGGACCUAUUCGCAGACGCAAUUUUUCAUAGUCCUUCCAGCACUUCUGUUUAGCGCUCAGUCAUCUGGGCAGAUGUUUGCGCUGGCUCCGGAUGUGUCCAAAGCUCGAAUCGCCGCUGAGAAUAUUGUUGGUUUGCUUACCACAGACCCGGAAGAAGGGAGGUCUGGACACAACAGUAAUAACGCCUACGAGAUAACCGGCAUUUUUGCGGAUGAAAAUCCCUCCGACGUUGAAGGCCAGCUCACAACUACGUCAUCUAAGCGAUCGCCGCAAAAUGAAAGUGGGAUGGGUGUACAGUUCCGGGACGUGCACUUUUCAUAUCCGACUAGGCCUGACCAGAUCGCCCUUGAUGGGUUAAACCUAAACAUUCUCCCGGGUCAAUUCUGCGCUCUGGUCGGACCUAGCGGUUCAGGUAAAUCAACGACAUUUGCUGUUUUAGAGAAGUUCUAUAAUCCAACAUCUGGAUCAGUUAUCGUGGACGGAAUAGAUAUCACAAAGCAAAGAGGGACAUCAUUCCGAGACAGUAUAGCCCUUGUUCCCCAGGAAAACGUGCUAUUCGAAGGAACUGUGGCGUUCAAUAUUGGUCUUGGUGCCCGUCCUGGCCAUGAAGCUACCCAAGAUGAAAUUGAGGAAGCAUGCCGCCUGGCAAAUAUCCAUGAAACGAUCAUGGCUCUACCAAACGGGUAUCAAACGACUUGCAGCCAGGAAGGAAAGCAAUUUUCUGGCGGACAGCGUCAGCGGCUAUCCAUUGCACGCGCGCUUGUCCGCAAACCCCGACUCCUACUGCUCGAUGAAUCGACCAGUGCGUUGGAUGUCGAAUCGGAGAAACAGGUGCAAGAUUCUCUUGCAAAGAUUGCCCGACGGACAACGAUAGUGGCGAUUGCGCAUAGGUUGAAUACGAUCCAUCGGGCCGAUAGGAUUUUCUUCAUUGAGGAUGGGAAAUGUGUGGAACAGGGGACUCAUGCUGAGCUGCUAGAACGCAGCUCAAAGUAUCGGGCAAAUGUCAUCCACCAGUCACUUGACACAUAAUAUCAUAGAGAGACCCGAUUAUGAACUAUAGGAAUUCUGACCUCCAUUAAACAUUGUUGAAAGUCUAUCCAACUUUGCUUUCUAUUUUUUUUUAUUUUAUUUUAUUUUUUUAGGUGCAUUGCUACAAGGUGUUGUGUAUUAACUAAG